AUGGAGAAUCUGCAGGACGAUGAUGGUGACACUUACUGGCGCGCCAUAGAAAAGAACCUGAAGGACCUGCGGACCGACCUGGUGGGAGGAACUCUGGUGAUGCAGUAUCCAUACAGCAUGGGAGAGGAGGGCUACGUGAAAUUCUGGUGCCGUGGAGCUAGCUGGAACAACUGUGUCCACGUCAUUGAAACGGCCCAGGCAGGGUCCAUGGUGGUGCAGCUCAGACGAGUGACCCUCAGAGACAGCCCCCAAAAGCACUCAUUCUUUGUGACCAUGGAGAACUUGGAUGAGGAAGAUGCAGACAUUUACUGGUACUCCAUGGUCUCCACCGGCUUCCUGUUCCUGGUCUUCCUGAAGGCAGUCCUUGUCCUGAGCUUCUGCUCAGCCGCAGUCUGGUUGGUCUGGCUCCAGUGUUGA